UAGCUCUCCCAUUUCACAAGAUCGUCAAGACCGCGUGGUAGAAAAUACAGCCUCACCUGACAUGGCAUCCCAAGCCGUCGAGACCCAUCGUGCCGGCGCGGAGGUAUUCCGCGGCGACGGCGCCAUCUGCAAGAAGAAGUGCGUGGAGGUGCUGGAGGAGCUGGGCCUCCCGACGGGCCUGCUGCCCCUGGAGGACAUGGAGGAGUUUGGGUACAACCGCGCGGCUGGCUUCAUGUGGCUGGUGCAGAGGAAGAAGACGGAGCACACGUUCAAGAAGGUGAAGCAGACCGUGUCGUACGCCGGCGAGGUGACGGCCUUCGUCGAGCCGGGGAAGCUGAGGAAGAUCGCCGGCGUGAAGACCAAGGAGCUGUUCCUGUGGCUCAGCGUGGUGGAGGUGUAUGUUGAGAGUGUGACGGCCCCUGGUAAGGUCACCUUCAAGACCGACACUGGUCUCUCCGACACCUUUGAUGCAGCUGCUUUUGCCCUUGGAGAAUGAGUAACUGUGUUGUGAUA